GAGGAGGAUCACCAGCGAGCAGCCGAGGAAGGAAAAUUGAUAGACAGGAAGUUGAUAGAAGUCUCAUCCAACAGAGCGACGAUGCCGAGUCUGUUUCUGCUCAUUCUGCUGAUGGGUGGGUUCUCUCUCUUCACGUGUGAUCUCUAUGAGUACAAAUUCAUUAACGAAAAUAAGAACUGGACAGAGGCUCAGAAGUACUGUCGAGUGCAUCACACAGACCUGGCCACAGUGUACAACAUGACAGACUUCAAGAGACUGCAAGAUUCUGCAGGGAAUGAAUAUCAACACAGCUGGAUUGGGCUCAGCAGAAAGGAGAACAGGAUGUGGCACUGGUCUCUGCCUGGAGUGGAGUAUAAUGAAACUCAAUUGCAAUUGAAUGUUGAACAUGUUGAGCAUUGUGUGACGAUUGACAAAGACAACAACAAACAUACAAAGCACUGUAGCGGUUGCAAGUUCCCAUUUUUCUGCUAUAACGAAGGAAAUAAAACAGUCAUCCCAAUAUAUUAUGAAUUGAACUGGUUCAAUGCCCAGAAAUACUGUAGAAAAAACUACACAGACCUCGUCAGUGGACACGAUCAGUUAAACAACUUACCAUUCAAUCUGAAUUAUGAACACUUCUGGAUUGGCCUCUUCAAAGAUCUUUGGCAGUGGUCAGAUGGACGGAAUUUCUCUUUUAGACACUGGAGUGAGUGCUACGGUGACGGUAGUAACCAGAACCUUCUUUGCAUAACUGGAGGAUGGAAAUGUGAUGAAUGCCAAAAAAAACAACCCUUCUUCUGCUACGACGAUAAGUUGAUCCUAGUCAAGGAGAACAAAACCUGGCAGGAGGCCUUGGAUUACUGCAGAGACGAACAUGAGGACAUGGUUUCCAUCACUAGCCUCCACGACCAGAGGUGGGUCCAAAAGCUAGUCGACGAAGCCGACACAGACUACAUCUGGCUGGGACUGCGCUACACCUGCACUCUGGGGUUCUGGUUCUGGGUCACCGGUGAGGACCUGACCUAUACAAACUGGGCCCCAGAUUUAGACGCUGACGUUUGUCACACUGCUGUAGCCAUGAAGAAAGGAAAUGGCCAUCAGUGGUUUUGUAUGCCUGAUGAGGAGAAGUUCAAUGUCAUCUGUGCCAAAAAUUAAAGCUUUUAAAAGCUUUUUCCACAUUUUGAAAGAUUUUAUAACGUAUUGCAGUGGUUUAAUACAAAAAUGUGGUCGUUUAUAUACGUUACUGGGCACAGAUGUAAUCUAUAAUAUUUGUCUGUUGUUGUUUUUGUCCACUUUGCAGUGUAAAACACUCACAUACACGUUCCUCUGUUGUUGAAUACAAUUACACUUGGUGUAACUGUCUUUGAGACAGAUUUCAAUGUUAUAAACUGGAGUUCUUUAAGUGUUAACAUUAAUAAAUAGGAGACAAAAGGGCUGUACAUUUAUGCGUAAGUGAAUUAAAUUAUGUCUGUAUAAUAAUUUUAAUGUCACUUAAAUACCUUGAAGUAAGGUCAUUUUAUUUUGAAGUGCAUGCUCACAUGACUGGGGUCAGUUUGAGGUUAAACUGAGGGAUUGUGGGUCAGAAGCGGGAACACUGUCAUGGAGACAAGAGGUUAAGAUUUCGUAAGUUUUCUGCACUGUGUUCAAGAGGCGCACACGGUAAUUAUACUUAUAUUAAUUGUCAUAUGUAUUUAAUUUUUGGUUUGUUAAAAUAAGCCUCAAUGGACUCAUAUGGACUUUUAUGUUUGUAUUUAUAGUUUUCACGGUGUCUUAUGAUUUAUUGAUGUCGACGGCGAAGGAGAAGAAAAUAAACAGAAAAUCAAGACA